UUGAUCCUGGGUCUCCAGGAUCAGGCCCUGGGCUGAAGGCAGUGCUAAACUGCUGAGCCACCUGGGCUGCCCUCUUAUUUAGUUUCUAAUACUUCAAGAUGCUCCAGUGUAUAUCUUCUGCUCCAGUUCUAGAAUAAGCCAUUUCUCUCUAGACCCUUGGUUCCUUGUAUUGCAUUAAAAACCAAAAUCUGGGAACUAAGUAUUGUUGCUUCUGGGAUGUUCUUGCUUCUAGGUCCACUCAGCUGACAGAGCAAGGAAAUAUAUGUGUGUAUACCAACCCCUGUAUAUACAAAUAUCUAUGAUAAGUACUUCUGUAUGUAACCACUUUUACCUGUAUCAAGCUAAAUAUAGGUUCAUAUUGAUAUUUCCAACUCUAAUUCAUUACCGCCUGGGUCAUUCUUAUUUCCUUCCCUUGAUUAUCUGUAAACUACUGAAACAUGGAGAAACCUGCCUCUCAUCGUCUAUGAUCCACUUAUUGUUCAGUAUAGCAGUAUCAGAAUUGUUAACCUAUACCUCCAUAGGAAUUAACUUUAUCAACUAGAGUACAGUGCUACUGUAUAUUUUCCUCUGCCUUUAGUCUUACAGAUUCCACUCAUUUCCAUACUUCUAUUUUUUUCUUCAGAAAGUUGCAUUCUAAAAUGUUUUUUUCCGGGGAUCCCUGGGUGGCGCAGCGGUUUGGCGCCUGCCAUUGGCCCAGGGCGCGAUCCUGGAGACCCGGGAUCGAAUCCCACGUCGGGCUCCCGGUGCAUGGAGCCUGCUUCUCCCUCUGCCUGUGUCUCUGCCUCUCUCUCUCUCUGUGUGACUAUCAUAAAUAAAUAAAAAUUAAAAAAAAAAUAAAAAUAAAAUGUUUUUUUCAUUUGACUUUUUUGAGCAUUGUGCAUUUUUCCUUCUAUACUGUCUUUUCAUUGGUCUCCAUAUAUUGUUCUCUCCCUCUGUCUACUAAUCCAUAUUUGAAUGUUGAGUGGUCUUUCAAGUAGACAUUGCCAACAGAUGAGGUCAGGAAGUACUUUUGUGAACAAACUUUUGGCCAAUCUGUAAGAUCUGCUAAUAAGCAGACCUAUACAUGUAUAGAUUAAAUAGUCUAUUGAGUGCUGUGUGUGGGUUUUUUAAUGGUUGUUAUAUGAUUCCAGUAAAACACAAUGGAAAGUAUUGAAAAUUGAUACUUUGCCCAUUGCUUCAGGUUUUUUUUUUUCCCUAAACCUUUGAUGCCUUUACCCAUUUCUCCCACCUGCCACCCUUCUCCUCCAGCAAGCACCAAUUUGUUUUUUUGAGCUUGUCUUUUUGUUUGUUUUGUAAGAUUACACAUAUAGGAGAGAUCAUACAGUAUUUUUUUUCUCUGACUUUAGUUCACUUAUCAUAAUGACCUCAAAGUUCAUCCAUGUUGUUGCCAGUGGUAAGAUUUUAUUCUUUUUAUGGCUGAAUAAUAUUUCUCUGUGUGUGUGUGUGUGUGUGUGUGUGUGUAGAUAAACAUCUUUAUCCAUUCAUCUCUUGAUGGACACUUAGGUUGUUUUUAUAUCUUGGCUAUUGUAAAUGUGCAAUGAACAUGAGGGUGCAUAUAUCUUUCCCCAUUAGUGUUUCCAUUUUCUUUGGAUAGAUGCCUAGAAGUGGAGUUGCUGGAUCAUAGGGUAGUUCUAUUUUAAUUUUUUAAGGAUCCUCCAUUCUGUUUUCCACAGUGAUUGCACCAAGUGACACCACCAUCAACAGAGCACAAGGGUUCUCUUUUCUCCACACCCUUAGCAACACUUGUUAUGUCUUGUAUUUUUCAUAAUAAUCAUUCUAACAGUUAUGGGGUGAUACCUUAUUGAGGUUUGAUUUGCAUAUGCUUGAUUAUUGAUGUUGAACAUCUUUUUAUAUAUCUGUUGGCCAUCUGCAUAUCUUCUUUGGAAAAACAUUCAAAUCUCUUCUCUGGAAAAAUAGUCAAAUCUUAUGUCUUUAAAACAUUGCUUUUUUGUUAUUAAGUUGUGUGAGUUCUUUAUGUAUUUUGGGUAUUAAUCUCUUAUCAGAUAUAUGAUUUGCAAAUAUAUCUGCAAAUCAAUCAUGUGAUAUACCACAUUAAGAAAAUGAAAAAUAAAAUCCUAUCAUUUCAAUAGAUGCAGAAAAAGCACUUGACAAAAUUCAACAUCCACUUAUAAUGAUAAACUCUCAACAAAAUGGUAUUGGGUGCUUAUUAUCUGCCAAGAAGUGAAUGGGUGUUCUUUUAAUCCCUAUAAUUCAGUCAGAUGGGUAUUGUUAUAUCCAUGUUACGGUUGAGAAAACUCAAGGUUUGGUAAAAUAAUUUGCUUAAGUUUAUACAUGUAGUAACUAGUACAGCUGGGAUUUAACCUCAGGUCAGUAUGACUCUAAAGUAUGUACUCUUAGUCACUGUAUAUUCUCUAUAGCAGGGUUUCUUUCUUUGGAAUUACUGACACUUUGGACUGGAUAAGUCUAUGUUUAGAGCAUUGUCUUGUGUAUUUUAGGAUGUUUAGCAGGAUUCCUGGGCUCCUCUCACUAGAUGCAUGUAAUACCCCCCAGUCGUGACAGCCAGAACUGUGUCCAGACAUUGUCAGAUUUCCCCUGGUACCAUAUGUCCCCGGAAAACCACUGGCUUAGAGAUGGGUAAUAAAAGUGAACCCUGAAAGUUUGAAUUACAUCCAGACUGGGAGAAUUGUAAAUUGGAUAGAAAGCUGUAUCUGAACUUCUCUGAAUGUAAUGACUCUCAUAAUUGGGCAAGCUUUUGGGGGAACGCUGAGUGCUCUGCUCUUAAAGUUUUUAAAAGAUACUGGCUCUUAUGGGAAUGCUUUUCAGUCAGUAUGCUUUCUGCACAACCAAUGUGGAUCUCUUCAUUUGGCUAUACUCUAUGAGGACUCCCACAGAAGAACAGUGCUAGUUACUCUGCUAGUAAGCUGUGUUUUCUGUCCAGUGGCCUUCUGAACAAACUAGUGCCAAAUACGGCCCAUGUAGUCUUGUGUGUCUACAUGUUUAGUUGAGCCUAUAACCUCCCUGGUGAACAUUGCAGAUUGGCCCAUAGUGAGUCCUAACAAAUGAAAACUCCUAAUCAUUAUAGUCUGGGAAUGCACUUUUUUUUUAAUUGAGGUAAAAUUAAUAUACAGUAUUAGUUUUAGUAUUCAACAUUGAUUCUACAGUUCUAUACAGUACUUAAAAUGACCACCAUGGUAAGUGUAGUCUAUUGUACAUAUAUUGUACACAAGUGACAAUAACAUCUGUCACCAUGUGUUAUUAUGAUAUUAUUACCUAUAUUCCCUAUGCUGUACUUUUCAUCUCUGUACUUAUUUUAUAACUGAAGUUUUUUCACAUCCCCCCACCCACCUGUACUCUGGCAGCACCAAUUCUCUAUAGUUAAGAGUCUAUUUGGUUUGUUUGUUUGCUCAUUUGUUUUAGUUUUUAGAUACCACAUGUAAAUGAAAUUUUUUUUUCUCUUAUUUCACUUAGCGUAAUACCCUACAGAUCCAUCCAUGUUGUUGCAAAUACAAGAUCUCAUUGUUUUUUAUGACUAAUAUUCAAUUGUACAUGUAUACUACCUCUCCUUUAUACAUUCAUCUUGUGUUAUUUCUGUAUCUUAGCUAUUGUGAAUAAUUCAAUAAACAUAGGGGUACAUAUAUCUUUUCAAAUUAGUGUCUUCAUUUUCUUUGACUAAAUACCCAAUGGUGAAAUUACUGGGUCAUAUGGUAUUUCUAUUUUUAAUUUUUUGACAAACCUCCAUACUGUUUUCCACAGUGGUUGCACCAGCUGACAUUCCCACCAAUAGUACACAAGAUUCCCUUUUCUCUACAUUCUUAACAACACUGGUUAUUUCUUGCCUUUUUGAUACUAACCAUUUUCUGACAGGUAUGAAAUGAUAGCUCAUUGUGGUUUUAUUUUGCAUUUCCUGACGAUUAGUGAUGUUGAGCAUCUUUUCAUGUACCUGUUUGCCAUCUGUAUAUCUUUGGGAAAAUGUCUAUUCAGUUCCUUUUCCCAUUUUUUAAAAAUAUGCUGUUUAUUUAUUCAUGAAAGACACAGAGAUAGAGGCAGAGACACAGGCAGAGGGAGAAACAGGCUCCAUGCAGGGAGCCCAAUGUGGGACUCAAUCCUUGCACUCCAGGAUCAUGCCCUGAGCUGAAGGCAGACGCUCAACCGCUGAGCCACCUAGGCGUCCCUCUUCUUCCCAUUUUUUAAUUGAAGUGUGAUGUGAUAUGUGUGUGUGUGUGUGUGUGUGUGUGUGUGUGUGUGUUGAGUUGUAUAAGUUCUUUAUAUAUUUUGGAUAUUAAAUACUUAUCAGAUACGUCAUUUUCAAAAAUAUUCUCCCGUUCAGUAGGUUGCCUUUUGUUUUGUUGAUGCUUUCCUUCACUGUGCAAAAGAUCUUUAUUUUGAUGUAGUCCCAGUAGUUUAUUUUUGCUUUUGUUUCUCUUGUCUGAGAAGAUAUAUCCAUAAAUAUGUUGCUAAGGUUAAUGUCGAGGGAUUACUGCCUGUAUUUCUUUUAGGAGUUUUAUGGCUUCAGGUCUCAUAUUUAGAUCUUUAAAUCCAUUUUGAGUUUAUUUUUGUAUGUGGUGUAAGAAAGUAGUCCAUUUGCAUUAUUUUGCAUGUAGCUGUCCAAUUUUCCAGCACCAUUUAUUGAAAAGACUGUCCUUUCUUCAUUGUGUAUUCUUACCUCCUUUGUCAUAGAUUAAUUGAUCAUAUAGAUAUGGGUUCUUCCUGGCCUAUCUAUGUAUCUAUUUUUGUGUCAUUUUUUGAUUUAUCCCUGACAAUGAAAUGAUUCAUAUUUAUUCUUUUAUUUUUUAAACAAUUGUUUCUUAAUUUCUAGGAGCGUUUGCAAUUAUACUCAUUUUAUAUAACCUUAUUGAUAUUUUAGUGAGAAUUUAGAAAGAGAUAUUUUUAGGCAUCACUAGUGUAAAGCCUUAAUAACUUGAAUAUCUUUCUGAAGAUGUAUUUUGCUUAGUUUUAAAGCAAAAAUGUAUUGUCGCCUGAUGCAGGAGAAAUCUAAUUGUAAUUACGAGGUUUGUUUUAAAAAGAUUGUCACUUUUUGUGUGUUGUCUGUGUUUGUUUUCUGUCUUUUUGGUGGGUGAUUAAGGGGAAGAGACAGCAUAUUUUCUUGUUAUAAAAAAAGAAAGAAUGGAAGGAUAAUCCAUAAUAUUUAUCUUAUUAGACAAUUUUAAGAAUAUUAUUUGUAUUAUUUUAUCUUUUAACACUGCUAAAACAUGUUCAUCAUAUAUAGGUCAUAUUGGUGUCUUUUUUUUUCAUUGUCUCAGGUACCUGACUGUUGGCUUUGUGUCUGAAGCUCCUGGAAGUUUUCUCUUUUUGAGAUAGAACUUGGCUGAAAUCACACUGCACACAUAUUGUAUACAAGUGCUUAGCCCGUGCCCAAGAAUUACUAUCCUCUAGUAAGACAAAUUUGAACUACAGUGGGAGUUCUGUAUAGGAAGAUGCAGCCUCUGAUCAAGUUGAUGGCUAUCUCAAAACCUCAAAACCUGACUCUAAAUGAACAAAGUGAGGCCCUGAGAUCAGAUGUAUCUUGGCAACAGGAAUCCAUCCCAGUCAUGGAAACAUAUGACUCUGAGGCCUCUCGUCAAAAGUUCAGACAUUUCCAGUAUUUGGAAGUGUCUGGGCCUCAUGAAGCCCUGUGCCAACUCUGGGAGCUCUGUCUUCAGUGGCUGAGACCAGAGGUUCAUACAAAGCAGCAGAUCCUAGAGCUGUUAGUGCUAGAGCAAUUUCUGACAAUUCUCCCUGAAGACAUCAGGACUUGGGUGAAUUUACAACAUCCAAAGAACAGCAAAGAAGUGGUGACCCUCAUAGAGGAUGUGAUUGAAAUGCUUAACAAUAAAGAGAUACCCUGCAAGGAUUCUGUCCUGCUCCAGAAGGAGAGCAUUAAGGAGAAAAUGGAUGCUGACUCACUAAACGUCAAUUCCCAGGAACCAGUAACAUUCAAAGAUGUGAUUGUGGAAUUCAGCGAGGAAGAGUGGGGACAACUGGACCCUGCUGUAAAGAACGUGUACAGGGAUGUGAUGCUGGAGAACUAUAAGAACCUGAAUUCAUUGCAUCAAGAACCUCUACUUUCCAAACCAGCUGAGAUUUCCAACUUGGAGAGUAAGGAAAGAAGAUGGAUAAUGGAGCAAGAAAUCCCAAGCACAUCUGUUUUUGACAGAGAGGUAAUUUCAGAAAACCAAGAUUCAGUUCCAAUGCAGAGCAUUUCUGGAAAAGUUUCAUCUCCUGGCGUGAUUAUGACAAGACUGACCAAAAGUGGAUCCCCUUCUUUAGAUGCUUGGGUGAGCGAUGAUUGGCUAUAUAGGAAACAGGAACACUGGGACAUAAAUUUGUCAGAAGCUUUUGUUCAUAAGACAGUCUGCUCUGAGGUGGGAAACUUUGAAAGUAGAGAGAAUAAGAAAAGCUUAGAUGUUAAGUCAGUUAAUUCAAUUUUGGGUAUACAACAAGGAAUUCCUAUAAGAAAGGGGUCCUCAAAAUGUGAUAAGUUUAAAACUAACUUCAAGUUUAAUAUAGACUCAGGUAAGCAAUAUUCAAAAUAUGAUGAAUGUGGGAAUGCCUUGAGCCUGGGUAUAGGUGUUCAGUACCCAGAAGGUCAUACCUUAGUGCAUUCCUAUGAAUGCUAUCAAUGUGGAAGAGCCUUCAGCCGGAGUUCAUCCCUCAUUCGACAUCAGAUCAUUCACACAGGAGAGAAACCCUAUAAAUGCAGUGAAUGUGGGAGAUUGUUCAACAGACGUACAAACCUUACUAAGCAUCAAAAAAUUCAUACUGAAGCAAAGGUCUGUGAAGGCAAUACCUGUAGAAAAGCUGUCAGUGAGAGUGAAGACCGUAAUAAAAAUUCAAGACUUCAGUCUGGAGAUAAUCCCUAUGAAUGUAAAAGCUGUGGAAAAUCCUUCAGCCGAAGCUCAUCGCUUAUUCGACAUCAAAUGAUUCAUACAGGAGAGAAACCAUUCAAAUGUCAGGAAUGUGAGAAAACCUUCAACAGGAAUUCAAACCUUAAAAAACACCAAAAACUUCAUACUCAAGAGAAGUCCUCUAACAGGAAGCAACAAAGGAUUACUUACCUACAUCAAUGAAUUUAUACUGGAAGGAAUCCAGUGAAUAGAGUAAAUGCAAGAAAACAUUUGUCAGGGAUUAUUCUUUAAUUGAUAUGACGGAAUUAAUAUUGGAGAGAAAUCUGUUAUUGGAUAGGAAUCUGAGGUGGUUUCCAGGCUCUCAAAUGAAGCCAGAAGGGUUUGGAGUUAAAUGUAUCACCAUACAAGUCUGCCUAUCAUUAUUCUGUUAUCUGUUGCCAUCAUUCCUGGUUCAUAAAUGGGAACUAUGGCAUCCUAUAUUCACAUGAUUUAUUGAAGUAGGUAUUAGUGAGGAGCCAAGCAAAACCCUUGGAGUUGGAUAUUUUAAUAAAACUCAAACUUUCAGUCCUUCUAAGAAGGUCAUAAGAAACCAGGAGCCCAGAAGAAUACAGAAAGACUAUACUUCUAAGGACUGAACUCUCUGAAUUAAUAGAGAUGACAGCCAUGGCAAAUUACUCCAUCCCUGAUAGUAUUCUUCACUGUCCUGGUGCUGAGUGGGGACUAGAAUUGGAGGAGAGUUAUCAACUGCAGUGGGAGGUGGGUUAACAAAUCUAUAGGUAGUCUUCAUAUCUGCAUUUUUAAAAGUACUCUUUGGGAUCUAGGCUGGAGAGAGAUCCAUAGCUUCAGGUUUAUCAUUUAUACCAAAUAUUAAGAGGUCAAUAAAAUGUCUUAAUACUCGA